ACUCUGAGAAUCCAGCCAGCUGAUCCCACACAAGGCAGAAUGAAAUCCUUCCUCCUCGCCAUCGCUGUCGUGCAGAUCCUCCACUGCUCAGGAGUGCCAAGCACCAAGGAUGCUCUGAGAGCCUCAGUUGCAAAACUGAAUGAAAUAACCGAGAUCACCAACCUGUGUGCGAUCACCAGAAGAGGUGUAACAACUACCUAUCGCACGGGUAAACUGUCAUACAACGUGGAUUUAACAUUCACUGUGAAAGAAACCGUCUGCUCCAAGAAUUCUGGACAUGAAUUUGAUGAUUCCAGUUGCACCUUCCGCCCUAAAAGGAUUGCUGAGAAAGGGUUUUGCAAAAGCCGCGUGGAAUAUUUUGCUGAUAAAGUGGCUGACGUUGAUGUGGAGUGCGAAGGUCUGAGGACCAUUGACAGCGAGAGUGACUCAAUAGAAUCCAGUGAAACCAGUAUUGAGACUCGAAGCAAAUCAAAAGAGUCUUCGUUGGAGAAAUCUGCACAUGUGGAAAGCAAGUCAGAAGAAACUUCACUGGAAGAAUCUUCAAACGACAAAUCCAAAUCAACAGAAAAAUCAACAGAAACAUCGAACGAGUCUCUAGACAACGUGAAAAGCAAGUCAACAGAGGUAUCAGUGGAGGAGUCUUCAAACGAACAGAAUGAGGACUCAAGAGGGAGACACUAACCACGAAUGGAACUCCUGAGAACCUGAACUCAGUGUGAACACAAGAAGACCUCAUUCAGAAUAAACUACACACUGUCACCUGUACUGUACUUGCUCAUAUACAAGGACAGGGGCCUGGAGCUCCUGAUUGUACAUAUCAUUGUAACUGGGAGAUUCUACUGUUUGUAAAUGUUCUGCUCUUUGCUGUAUAUUAUUAUGUAAUACAUUGUGGAUCUAAAUAAAAUUAUUAAGAAAUAUU